AUGGCAUUCUUACGAAUUCUAUGUCUUCUCGUUAUAAGUAAUAUACACCAUGUGAAGGUUGUCACAGGAAAACUAGGUGUAACUGCUGUGAAGGAUUAUCACACCGCCGAAUUUGGCAUCGAUUAUAUCGGUUGCCGUGAUUGGACAAAUCCAAAAGGUAUGGAUUGUAAUCCUUAUCAAGGUGAUACAAAUUGCGAUACGGAGCUGCCAAUGCUGUGUAUUCGAGUGGAUCACAGUCCUCGCCCUCCAUAUAUUAUUUAUGGUAACGGUGCUGCUAUGCCAGCUGCCAAUUAUUAUGGGUGGAGCGGAGGUCAUGUGUCUACUACCCUGCCAGUCAAGGCAGCUCGCUUUAGGAAUCGUACUGAAGCAAGCAGAUUCUGCGCUGAAGCACUAGGUCAAGAGUGGGAAGUUGCCGGAAUAUGGGGUGCUCAACCCCAUUGGAUUCCCGGUAUGAAUGGAACCAAAUACGCGGGUAUUGAAUGGACAGCAAACAAGGAUAAACUCCUUGGUGGAGGAUGGAGUUUCUAUACUUACGGUAAUGUGCGUAAUGAUACUCGAUUUUGGAUUCAGGGUCCACUUGAUCAAUCAUCAACAUGUUGGGAACAAUAA